GCCCCGCCCCGCCCCCUCCGGCAGGCGAUGACCUCUCACCCCGUGACCCGGAAGUAGAAGGGAGCCGAGCCAGGCCCCCCCCGCGGGUCGGGAAGAGCCGGAGGCGCCGCCAUGCAGAGGGAGGAGAAGCAGCUCGAAUUGUCCCUGGAGGCGCUUAUUAGCCAGGUGGCUGACCUGAAGAAUUCCUUGGUCAGCUUCAUCUAUAAGCUAGAGAAUGAGUAUGACCGGCUCACCUGGCCCUCAGUACUGGACAGUUUUGCACUGCUCUCAGGCCAGUUGAACACGCUGAACAAAGUGCUGAAGCAUGAGAAGACGCCCCUAAUGCGCAACCAGGUCAUCAUCCCCCUGGUGCUAUCUCCAGACCGUGAUGAGGAGAUCAUGCGACAGACAGAAGGGCGUGUGCCAGUCUUCAGCCAUGAGGUGGUGCCGGACCACCUCCGUACCAAGCCCGACCCUGAGGUGGAGGAGCAGGAGAAGCAGCUGAUCACAGAUGCAACUCGAAUCAGCUCUGAUGUGGCACAGAAACAGAUCCAGAGCCUGAACAAAAUGUGCUCAAAUCUGCUGGAGAAAAUCAGCAAGGAGGAGCGAGAGUCUGAGAGUGGAGGUUUACGGCAAAACAAGCAGACUUUCAACCCUGCUGAUACCAAUGCACUGGUGGCAGCCGUGGCAUUUGGAAAAGGGCUGUCGAACCGGAGGCCUCCAGGCUCAGGGGGACCUGUCCAAGCAAGUCAGCCAGGUGCUGGUGCCAUCAUAGCAGGGGCUUCAGGCAUCCAGCAGGUCCAGAUGUCAAGUGCUUCUAGCCAACAGCAGCCAAUGCUUGGAGGAGUGCAGAUGUCACAGGCAGGCCAGCCAGGUAAGAUACCCAGUGGCAUAAAAACCAACAUCAAAUCUGCCUCAAUGCAUCCAUACCAGAGAUGAGCAGAGAGGAGCCUCGUCCUGGCUGACCACACGACACUAGCAUUGUUCCUGCCAAUUGCCACUCCAGGAUUUCCUUCCAUGCCUGUCAGAUCCCCUCAAGCCUCCACUCAUCAUCCUCAGCAGAGAGAUUUCUGGGUGGGCUCUCCCCUCCUGUGAGCUCCAGGCUGUCUCCUCCAUCUGGUUUUAUUCAGUGCUGGAGGGUUUGUGCAUAGCUGCUGGUGGCCACGUGCUUGGGGUGGGAGCUCCCCAGACAAGGGAAAGCCUGUCUCCCACCUGGUCUGGCGUGGAGGGGCCCAUACUCUUCGUUCAUCCAAAUGCAGAACCUGAACAGCUUCAGAGAAAACUCUUCUCCUGGCUUCUGUGUAAGGAGGUGCAUGAAGGUUGCACUGCCCCCUCCCUUUCCCCUGCCUCCCAUUGUUGAAUAAAGACCCUGUACUAUGCCAAGCGUGACCACUGUUGGCUGUGUGUCAGGUCCCAAGGAGCCUCGCAGCCUGAUCCUCAUUUCCCUUUGGGAAUGGCUGUAGAACAGCUCUGCCUCUAAACAUGGCAUGGAGCUGGCCAUUUAUAUGGCAUCUUGUUCUCUAUUGAAUACUGAUACGGAGGUUGAAUCCAGGAGUUGCUGUUGGGUUUCACCUGGACACAGCACUCCCUGCCAUGAGCAGCAGAAUUUUUAUUUACUGUAAAACUCAGAAUAGCUAUUCCCCAGGCACCAGUCCUAGAAUGAAAAAAAAUCCAUCCAAGGGGAAAAUGAGUAACCCUGUACCACCCUUCAAGAUGCCAUGCUGUGAGGGUCACAGCAGAGGGAGCUGCAGGAACAGAAGCACAGAUGUUCUGUUAUCUCAUGUCUCCACUUGCCCUGAUCCCAUCCCAUCUCCUGAUCUCCCUCGCACCAACUUUCACUCUUCUCUGUAAUUUCUCACUCUCCUCGUGCUCUUUCCUCUCGCAGUACAAACAUGCUUUAGUCUUUCCUAUUUUAAAAAACCCUCGCUUGACCCCACUUGUCUCUCCAACUACUGCCCCAUCUCCCUUCCAUCUACAAAGCUCAUUGAACACACUGUCUAAAAUAAUAGAUUAUCAAGGCCAGCAGGGACCACUGUUGAUCAUCUCGUCUGUCCUCCUAACACAAAGUGUAGAGCUUGCUGUCUGGAGUUCCAUCCUAGGCCCUCUCCAAUCUGGCUUCUGCCCUUACACUCCACUGAAAGCACUCUUGCCAUGGUCUCGAAUAACCUCUUCCUAGACAAAGCUCCUCAAUCUGUCAGCCACCUUUGGCACCAUCAACCAUGCUCUUCUUUUGGAAAUCCUGUCCUCCCUUGGCUUUGGUGAUUUUGCCCCUUCCUGGUUCUCCUCCUACGUCUUUAGUCACACAUUCAACAUGUCCUUUGGAGGGGGAUCCUCAUCUGCACUCCAACAUUAUAUGGUGGCUCCAUAUGGCUCUGUCCUUGGUCCUGUUCUCCCUCUACACAUCUAUACAGGGUAAUCUCAUCCACAAAUACAAGUUCAACUACCAGCUGGAUGCUGAUGACUCUCAGAUCUACCUUUGCUCCAGGCAUGUCUCCUUCUGUCCAGACUUAAAAUCUUGGCCUGUCUCUGACAGCUCCUCGUGGAUGUCUAGCCAUCAGCUCAAGCUCAACAUGGCUAAAACAGCUCCUGACCUUCCCCCCAUGUCCUCCUCACUACCUGCUUACUUGAUCACUAUGGAUUUAGUUGGGAAUUGGUCCUGCUUUGAGCAGGGGGUUGGACUAGAUGACCUCCUGAGGUCCCUUCCAACCCUGAUAUUCUAUGAUUCUGUGACACCACCAUCCGCCCGCCUGUCACUUGGGCCCAUUACCUGGACAUCAUCUUUGACUCAAACCCCUGUCUAAGUCCUUGCAUCCGGAUUCUGCAAGGCCUUUUUCUGUCCACCCAAAGAGCUAAAACUGUCAUCCACGUUCUCUUGAUUAUUGCCACAUCUUUCUGUCUGGCCUUGACAAAUGCUGUCUUGCCCUGCUUAUAUCCAUUCUGAUUUUCAAACACGCAUAUUCAUGCUUUCUCCUAUGCUGCCUCUCAGGCUUAGGAGGAGCUCCCCUCAUUAUCCUCCUAUAAAUGCCUCCUUAAAGCUCCUUUACCAUGAGGCCUACAAAAAAAUUAACUAAGGUUAGGCUGUUGGUGUGCUGAGUCCUGUUGUCCCAUUGUUUCCUUGUACUCUUCUAUCCAAUAACAGAGAUUCUUCUUCAAGUGCUGGCCUUUCUGUGUAUUUCACUGUGGGUACACAUGCGCUCCAUGCACCCAGAGUUGGGGAAUUUUGAAGGCAGUGUCUGCCAGCCUAAUAUCAACACAGACUUUAGACUUUGUCAAGGUGUAACUAAAUUCAGUCACGGCAAGGGCUUACCUGCCAGUGGACAGGUUCCAAGCAAUGAAUGACCUUAUGGAUCAGGUCACGAACAACCCUUGAACAUCAACCAAAAUUUCUCUCUCUUGGCACAUACGGCUUCAUGCACUUGCAUCACAUCGUUUGACAGACUCUAUCUUGCUGCCUACAGGCAUGGCUUCAGACAGUGUACUCAUCAAACAAACUGUCCAUGAACACAAGAGUAAUAUUCCCACCAUAGUAAUCAUCUCUACUGUGGUGAAGGAUCCCACCAAACAUGCAUAGGUGUCCCUUCCUUUCCCCCUCACCAGGCACAGUGAUCAUUACAGAUGUCUCCCUCUUAGGCUGGGGUGCCCAGAUGGACAGUCAUACAGCACAGGACACUUGGACAUCCCGAGAGACCAGGAUGUAUAUGAACAUUAUGGAAUUGUGGAAGCCUUUCUCCUGUUCAUACAAUGUCCCCGUGUCUUGGUAAUAUCGACUAAUAUGACAACCAUCUUUUACACCAACAAGCAGGGAGCAGUGAGAUCCAUCCCCGUGUGCAGAAGCAGUCAAUCCAUGGAACUGGUGCAUCAGCAAUCAGAUCAGGCUUUCGGCAGCUUACCUUGCAGGGAAUCAAAAUGAGCUGAUGGUCACGUUCAGCAGACACUUUGCUAUCAACCGUGAGUGGGAGCUACACGACUCCGUGAUAAACAGUAUUUUUGCUGUAUGGAGAACCCCCACCACAGACCUGUUCAUCUCUCAAACAACCAGGAAGUGUAACAUAUAGUGCUCCAGAGGCGCCCUAGGGCUUCAUUCGUAGGGUGACACUCUCCUUCUGUGGUCAGAUCACCUGAACUAGGCCUUCCCUCCCUUACCACUCCUAUCUUGAGUCUUGCGGAAGAUUCAUCAGGACAAGAUACGAGUCAUCAUCAUCGCCCCCAACUAGACCAGACAGUUUUGAUUCCCGAGUCUCGUACUCCUGUCAUCUUAGUCAUCGAUCAAUAUUCAGCCCUUUUCCGAUAGCCUGACCUAGGGGAAGGGCAGAAUCAAGCAUUCCAACCCCGAAGCAUUCCAUCUCAGGCAUGUUUUUUUGGAUGGGCAUCAACUCUAGAACAUUUCUGCUCUGAAGCCAUGCAAAGCAUCCUUACUAAUAGUUGAAAAGAUUCCACUAGGAAAGGCUACUUAGCCAAGUGGAAGUGUUUCUCUGUCUGGGCACAACAACAACUUAUAUCCCCAGAAGCUGCAGGUAUUCCCCUUAUUCUUGUCCAUCUUCUGUCCCUCAAAGCAGCUGGUCUUUCCAUCAGCUCUUUAUGAGUUGACCUGGCACCAAUCAGUGCAUACCACCCACCUUCAUAUGGGAACUCAAUUUUUGCUCACCCGCUGACUGCCUGAUUCUGGAAUGGCUGAGUUAGAACCUUUCUGCCAGUAAGGAACCCUGCUCCUCAAUGGGACCUACGCCCUUGUUCUUUCGGUGCUCACAAAGCCGCCCUUGGAACCGCUGUCUACAUGUUCCGUGUCUCGCCUGUCUAUGACAGUUGCAUUCCUGGUAGCCAUAACCUCAGCCAGGAGGUGGGUGUAGGAUAAGUACAAAA